AUGGAUGAGGGUCAUUUCACAAGUAAGAAAACAGUAGCAAAAUUUUUGCAAUGUGAUUUCUAUUGGCCGUCUUUAUUUAAAGAUGCUCACAUAUUUUAUAGGCAAUUUAUCAAAUGUCAGGCUGCCAUUAAUAUCCAAAAAAGAAAUGCAAUGCCUUUAAAAUCAGUAAUUGGUCUUGAAAUUUUUGAUGUUUGGGGCAUUGAUUUUAUAUUACCCUUUCUUUCAUCUUGA